CUGAACAUUCUUGAUUCUGAUCUUCUCCAAAAUCCAACAUAAAUACACAAAAGAUAUAAAGCAAAAGACAUUGCUGAAGAGAGGCAGAGAGAGGAGAGAGAGGAGAGAGAUGCAGAGCUAUCGAUUAGCAAUCUCAGGAACAGGAAGCGAUUCCUGCUUUCACAUCCCAACAACCCACACAACCAUCCCUACCAACAUACCCAUACCCAACCCCAAACCCAGCUUCCUCUUCCCCAAAUCGGUUUCCUCCUUCCGGAACCGGUCCGGGCCCCUCAGGCUCAAAGCGAAGGCCGCCAUCAACGAUGGGUGGGUGGCAGAGCACAAGGAGCUCACCUUCUACGAGCUUCUGGGCAUACCCGAAUCCGGAUCCGCGACCGAAAUCAAGCAGGCGUAUAAGCAGCUGGCCCGGAAGUACCAUCCGGACGUGUCGCCUCCGGAUCUGGUGGAGGAGUAUACGGAGAAGUUUAUCCGGCUUCAGGAGGCUUACGAGACCUUGUCUGAUUCGAGAAGGAGAGCUUUGUAUGAUCAAGACAUGGCCAGGGGUCUUCACCUUGCCUUCUCUGCAAGACGAUACCAAUCCGAUGAGGGAGUGGAGGAUGUCGGCAGCUGGAGGAAUCGAUGGCAAAGUCAGCUUUCUGAGUUGAAGAGAAGAAGCAUGAACAAGGAUGCUGCUACAAGAGAAGAACAUAUGUCAUGGGGAGCUCGAAUGCGCCGGCAAAGAGAAGGAUCGUCCGAUCAACUAUAAAAUAGGUCCUCCGGUGUUCUAUGUAUGUCUGCAGAUGUAUCUUUCCUACCUUCUUAGUCAUGGUUGACAUUGACAGAGGGAACUCAAGCUUCCAUUUAGUUACCAUAUUUACGCUAGCCAAGCAAGGCAAGUAUUUCAAUAUGCUAAACAGAUGGAAGAUUAAAACAGAAAUUUGCAUAGAUGUAAUCCCUGUCCGUGACAAUCAUAAUUAGAGGCAACAUAUAAUGUACAUAAGGUUUUGUUAGACUUUGUUACCUGAUUAAACAUUACUGCCAA